AUGCUCCAAAUAGCACGAUUGGGGAUGUCAUCUGCUAAAAAACAGGCCACUCUUGCGAAAUUUUUCAGCUCCAAGAAGAGGAACGGCGAUGACCUUCCUAAAGUUGAUGAUAUAGCGAAAAAAUCGCAACUGGCACCCGUGCAGCCAUCAGGUAAUGAUCCCGUACCAGAGCUGUCACAGCUCAAGGGCGAUAGUAAAGGAUCCAUUCCCAUGCCAUCGACCGCAAGCGAUCAUACAGUUGUCAAAAACGAUAUAAAGGAUGCCCCCAAAAUAGUACCAAUGGCACCCAAGGACUCGAAGAUUUUGUAUUCCACUAUGUGCAAUGUUUUCAAUGAAAUCGAGAAUACUUCUUCCAGGCUUCAAAUUGUGAAAUUAUGCAGUGAUUUCCUUUAUUCUGUGCUCAGUAAGACCCAAGAUGAUCUGGUUCCAAUUACGUAUUUGUUAAUCAACAAACUAGGACCAGACUACCAGCCGGGGAUGGAACUUGGACUCGGGGAAGGUCUGUUAAUGAAAACUAUCAGUGAAAGUUGCGGGAAGUCCUUGGCUCAGGUGAAAGCCCGUUAUCGAGAAUUGGGCGAUCUGGGUCGUAUUGCUCAAGAAGCUCGAGCUGUACAACCUACGAUGUUCAAGCCCAAGCCGUUGAGCACUGGCGAAGUAUUUUCCAAUCUUCAAGCAAUUGCUAAAUCGCAAGGUAAGGACUCGCAACUUCGAAAAGUUCAGUUGAUCAAGAAAAUGCUUACAGCCUGCGAAGGCGUGGAGGCCAAAUUCCUGAUUAGAUCGCUUGAGUCUAAGCUCAGAAUAGGGCUUGCCGAAAAGUCUGUUUUGAUCGCCCUGUCUAAGGCAAUUUUGACAAAAGAACAUAACGGCAACGAACCGUCAAGUGAAUUGGUCGAUGAGGCCGAACAAAAAAUUCGAGACGCGUUUUGUCAAGUCCCCAAUUAUGAGAUAGUAAUUAGGACUGCACUUAAACAUGGGAUCAUGAAUUUGGAUAAGCAUUGUGUUCUCACCCCAGGAAUUCCGCUCAAACCGAUGUUGGCCAAACCUUCCAAGUCCGUUUCAGAGGUUCUCGACCGGUUUCAAGGUCAGAGAUUUACAUGUGAGUAUAAAUACGAUGGGGAGCGGGCUCAAGUUCACCUACUUCCCGAUGGCACCAUGCACAUCUACUCCAGGAACGGCGAAAAUAUGACCGAGCGGUAUCCUGAGAUCAGGAUAGAUGAUUUCAUUGCGGAUAAGGACAAGACCCAUACCCUAAUUUUAGACUGCGAGGCUGUGGCAUGGGAUAAGGAAAAGCAAACUAUUUUGCCAUUCCAAGUCUUGAGCACCCGUAAGCGGAAGGGCGUUGUCGCAGAGGACGUCAAAGUGCGUGUGUGUUUGUUUGCGUUUGACAUACUGUGCUACAACGAUGAACCUUUGAUAAACCGGUCUUUUGCAGAAAGAAGAGAGUAUCUUCACCGAGCGCUUCGGCCGGUCGCAGGAGAGCUGCAAUUUGCAAGCGAAAUGACCACAGUCAGCCUUGACGCCAUGCAACAGUAUUUAGACCAGUCGGUAAAGGAUUCUUGCGAAGGACUCAUGGUGAAAUCGCUGGACGGCGAGGAAUCGCAGUAUGAGCCCAGCAAGCGGUCCCGCAAUUGGCUGAAGUUGAAAAAAGACUACCUACAAGGCGUAGGAGACUCGCUUGACCUCUGUGUUUUGGGCGCCUACUACGGCCGUGGCAAACGGACAGGCACCUACGGCGGGUUUCUUUUGGGAUGCUAUAACCAGGACAGCGGCGAGUAUGAGACCUGUUGCAAGAUUGGAACUGGAUUUUCCGACGAAAUGUUGCAGAAGUUACACGAACAAUUGAGCCCGACGGAAAUAAAAGAGCCAAAGGCCUUCUUCGUGUUUAGCGAAAGUGCACAGCCGGAUGUCUGGUUCGAACCCUCGAUGCUAUUUGAGGUUCUCACCGCUGACCUGUCACUCUCGCCCGUUUACAAAGCCGGGAGCAGCUCAUAUGAUAAAGGUAUUUCGCUGCGUUUCCCUAGGUUCAUCCGCAUCAGAGAUGACAAAAGCGUUGAAGAUGCCACUUCGUCAGAACAAGUUAUAGAGUUUUACGAAAGCCAAGCCCAUAUGCAGUAA